CGCAGGAGAGGUGGGGCCUGGUUGAGCCUUGAUUGGUCGGGGUGCGCGUGGUCAGGGAUCGUGGUUCUGGCUGAGAGCUGCUGAGAACCGUGGACGGGGUGGAACUCCGCUGCAAGGCGUGAAUGAUGCGGAAGGUGGUUUUGAUUACCGGGGCGAGCAGUGGCAUUGGGCUGGCCCUUUGCGGUCGGCUGUUGGCAGAAGACGAUGACCUUCACCUGUGUUUGGCGUGUAGGAACCUGAGCAAAGCAGGAGCUGUCCGUGAUGCCCUGCUGGCCUCUCACCCCUCCGCCGAGGUCAGCAUUGUGCAGAUGGAUGUCAGCAACUUGCAGUCGGUGGUCCGGGGAGCAGAGGAAGUCAAGCGAAGGUUUCAAAGAUUAGACUACUUAUACCUGAACGCCGGAAUCAUGCCUAACCCCCAGCUAAACCUCAAAGCGUUUUUCUGUGGUAUCUUUUCAAGAAAUGUGAUUCAUAUGUUCUCCACAGCGGAAGGACUUUUGACCCAGAAUGACAAGAUUACUGCUGAUGGGUUCCAGGAGGUGUUUGAAACCAAUCUCUUUGGCCACUUUAUCCUGAUUCGGGAACUGGAACCACUUCUCUGCCACAGUGACAACCCCUCUCAGCUCAUCUGGACGUCUUCUCGAAAUGCAAAGAAGUCUAACUUCAGUCUUGAGGACAUCCAGCACGCCAAAGGCCAGGAACCUUACAGCUCUUCCAAAUACGCUACUGACCUCCUGAAUGUAGCUUUGAACAGGAAUUUCAAUCAGAAGGGUCUGUAUUCCAGUGUGACGUGUCCAGGGGUCGUAAUGACCAAUCUGACGUAUGGGAUUCUGCCCCCCUUUGUUUGGACGUUGCUUCUCCCGGUGAUAUGGCUCCUUCGCUUUUUUGCACAUGCGUUCACUGUGACACCGUACAAUGGUGCAGAGGCAUUGGUGUGGCUUUUCCACCAAAAACCGGAGUCUCUCAACCCUCUGACCAAAUACUUGAGCGGCACCACAGGAUUAGGGACUAAUUAUGUCAAGGGCCAAAAGAUGGACGUAGAUGAAGACACUGCAGAAAAGUUCUACAAGACCUUACUGGAGCUAGAAAAGCAAGUCAGGAUCACCAUUCAGAAAUCAGAUCACCACAGCUGACAGCGACGUUCCCCAGAGCAUCCAGUCCGCGUACGCCCUGAAUGGUCUCCAAGACUGCGUGGGUGCACUUGUGAGAAAGGCGUCGCAAAGCAGAGGGGCCAGCUGAAUACCCUCCAGAGUAGUGUCCUGUCAGAAUUGCUAGAGGCUUCCCGCAGAGCAUCCUCGGAUAGCAUUCUGCCACCCGGAGCCCAGUAGUUUAGACUUGCGUGAUGGGGACACAGUACAGCCUGAAUCUUCUUUUAGUCCCAGCGAGGAGAGGCAAUGCUACUGACUAGGACUUCUACUUCCUUUGCUUUUCUCCAUGAUCCCUUUUUUUUUUUUUUAACUCUCUUUACAUUCUUCAUAUGCUGCUUCGGAUAAUCUCAUACGUUGUCUGAGCACGUGGCCCCACGUGACCGCCCACGCAGUCAUUUUCAGGAACAAAGUAUGUUUGUGUUUGGGCCACAAGCAUGGUUUCUGAUCUUUAAUAACAUCCACAGAUGUAUUCAUUAUGAACAGCUUAUCGUCACGAUCAUAGUUCACUGGAAUUAAACUUGUAGCAAACAUCUAUUUCUUUGUGUUUCAAUAAAAUUAAAAAAAAAAAAACUUGAGAAACUGCUAGGAAGCCAUCCAGUGCACAGUGGACACAGAAGAAAAGCGUUCGUUUUUAUGUGUAAGAUGAUGGAGUUUUUCAAACCUUUUCUCCAUAAAUCUUAAAGAACCACACCUGAGCAUCCUUUGUUAUGAACCAAAAUGCUAGAGAUGGCCAGGCAUUUAUAUCAUAAAGGCAUCCUGUCACUCGGGAUACAAUCAAGUCAGUAAAAGUCUGAAUGGAAGUGAGAAAAAAGUGAUACGUAAAUAUAAUCUCCCUACGGCUUGUGGGUAUGAAAACCUUCUGGUUAGAGUUUCUUUAAUUUUGUUGACCAAGAGGUUUUUUUGUAAAGAUACAGGUGAGGAUGAGCCCACGCCCUCGGACUCCUCUUCUCUCUCUGGGACACAAGAGAUGGUUCAUCCUGAGAUUCUUCAUCCUGAGUGAGCUCCCAUUUGGAAAAGGCUCCAGGGGAACUCAUGUGUCUCAUCUGCAAAGCAAAGCAGUCCCCUCUUUGCUCCGUUCCUCACGGGCAGCGUGCUUGAGGACCUGUCCUCCUCGCGGGCAGCAUGCUUGAGGACUGGAUCCUUGCUGAGUGAACCGUGAGAAUUCCUCAUUUUGGUUGAGAAUGGUGAGGUUUCUUAGAGAUCAGGAAGCCAGUGUGCCAAGGUCUAGGCAUCGCCCACUGCCCGUCUGACGGAGGGUCUGCUCUGUCCCCCGCGUGUUUCUAGGAGACAGCACAGAGCUCUGCAGGAUGGUGUGGGGAGCUCUAGGGGCCCUGUGGCUGGGUAGUCAGAGUGGAUUUAGAGAAAGCUUGGGUUUUGCUCAUUUGUGAGUUUGGGGAAAACAUCCUUUGCUGGGGUUGUCAACUUAUAAACAUCAAGUUAUUCAUAGAGUAUCUUUAUUCUUUUGCUGGCUACAUUAGUGAUUCCCUCCCUUUUAGUCCUGAUCCUGCUGUCUUCCCACUGUCAGUAGGGCAGGAGUUUCCCAUGUUGGUGAUGUUUGCAGAGAACCAUGUUUCUGCCUCAUUUUUUUUUCUUGUCCUUCCUCAUUACUUACACAUUAUCCAUACAGAGUUUUAGCUCUGCUUAUUUUAAGUAUCUUCCUUUUGUUUUCUUUGGUUUAAAGUAAGCCUUUUCUAGUUCCUUGAGUGAAAACUUAGGCUCCUUAUUUGGAAAUUUUUCUUGAUUGCCACUGGAAGCAUUUAACUAUAAGCAUUUAAUUACAUACAUACCAUUCUUAGCCUGACUUAACUGCACCCCACAUUUGCUGACAUGCUGUCCUGCUCUCUCUUUCUUUCAACCACAGAUUAUUUUAUUAAUUUCUGUUGGGGUUUCCUUUUAUGAGUUAUUAAGCGAUGUUUAAUGUUCAUAUCUUUAGAGAUAGAAAAGAUUGAUAUUUGGCUGGGAAGAUGGCUUAGUGGUUGAGAUCACUGGCUACUCUUUCAGAGGAUCCAGGUUGUAAUCCUAGCGCCUUGUUCUGGUGGCUCACAAGAUCUCUAACUCCAGUUCUAGGGGAUGUGAUGCCCUCUUCUGGCCUCUCUGGGUACCACAGGUGCUUGAAUGAUUAGUCUGUGGGUUUUUCUCCACACCAUGCCAGCUCGUAUUUCCUCCUUGGAACGCUCUGGAUUGUUCUCUGCAUUUGUGCAGAGUUCACAGUUGCUCUGCAGGCAAGCCUUGUCUGGAAGGGCCACACUGCUCUGUUUACCUUUGCACCUUUACGCCAUCUCCGUUUCUACUCCGUUUUUACUCUUCCGACACUUUCCUGUGUUCAGUCAGCUUUUAAUUAUUCUGUGGCCAUUUCUGGUUUUAGUUUUGAAAUGUUGAUUCCUUUUAUUCUUAAUUUAUUUUGAUGUAUUUAUUUUGCAUGCUCAGGCAUGUCGAAUUCAGGGCCUUGGAGCUGUCUUCCUUCUCCCUGUAGUUGAUUCUCUAGGGAGGAACACUGUAUCUUACCUGUCAACUAAAGCUUUUGUUUGGCUGGUUCGUUUUUCGAAUUUUGUUUUCUUCAGUCCUCAAUAAGGUCUUUGAUAGUUACUGAAUCUAAAAAUUCAUCAUGUCCCUCGGGUUUUAUGAUCCUUAUCUACCUUGUAAAAACAAAACAAAAUACUUAUUUGAGGGCUGAAGAGAUGGCUCAGCCUUUAAGAGCGCUGUCUGUUCCUCCAGAGGACCCAGCUCUCUUACAGUCAUCUGUACCUCUUGUUCCAGGGGACCCAGUGUUCUUGUCUCAUGGUCACUGGGCACACAAGUGGUGCAUAGACAUAUGUUCAGGAAAAACACCCAUACACACAAAAGUAAAAGUUGAGUCUUAAACCCAUAAUAAAACCCAUUAAUGGGGUUGGGGGUAAAGUUGCGAUGAAGCUAAAAUCUGUGCGUAUCACCAGAUCUUGCCUCCUUGCCCUGAAUGCUUCCUGAUAAACAUUAGACGCGGGCUACUGCCCCACCCCCACCCCGUUCCUUUUCUUGCCCUGUUCCAAGCUAACCUGGAGUGUACCCCUCCAUCCCUCCUGCAGGAUCCUAGCCACAUCUGAAGCCAUGAACAUAAUUCUCAUUCUUACAGACACAUACCAGCCUUGAACAACUUAUUUUCCUUGUAUCGAUAGAGGGUGCUUAAAAAAAAUUACCUAUUUUUGUGUCAAACUGUGUGUUCACGUCUUUCACCAUUUCUUAUUUGAUUUUCCACCUUUGAUAAUGGGCGAAUCUAUAUAAUAGAGAAUGAAGCUCUUGCCUGAAAUAUCAUUUACUUAUCUGACAUUCGUGCUUACCUCACUUGUUUAUUGUCCUUUAAUAUUCCAAAGGAUCAGCACCAAGACCUUUUACUAUUGUUCCUCCUUGUGUUUCUAAUCUUUGAUCAAUGAUUGCCACUUCCUUGAUGAAUAUAUGAACAGUUGAUUGAGCAAGCAUUUAUUUGAAUAAAAGUAUCAUGCUACUUGGUCUAGGCUCAGUUGUCUUAGACCCGGCUGAUUUUUCUUAUGCCACAUUUCAAAAAGCUACACUGUAUCUUUCUUUGGAAUAACGUUCAGAAUACCAAGCUGGAGUUUACCGAGACUCUGUCAUUAUUUUCCAAUCUUAGAACGUUAUGUCAUCCUAAUAAAUAUACUUCCUUCUCA